AGAAAGGAAAAUUGAUAAUAUUUAUAAAUAAAUAGGUUUUUCUGUCUGUUCGGGUUUGUGUGUGUGUUUACGCGGACGGCCUGGCCUGGCGAAAAAUCAUCGAAAGAGUUGGAAAACGGCCAAAGAAUUCCAUUGAUAAGGUGUCCGGGCUUAUCAGUCGCCAGGCGAUAGUGAAAAAAGUAAUUAAAACCCAAAGCAAAAAAGAGCGAAAAGAAAACUCGUUAUUGAAGCUGUGCUAAGUGGGAACAAAGUGCAAUAAAUGAAUAGGAAAAAUCAGCAGCAGAGCAGCAUCAGACCCGCCGUUUGAAUCAUCGGAAUAUUCCAUUGAACCCUCCAGCCCCCAGCCAUCAUGGAGGGUGGCUCCCGAUAGAGUGAUCCGAUCCACAAGGAACCCGUUCUGCCAGCGGAAGCCAAGCGAUGGCCUCCCUGCAGCAGAAGCGCCCCAGCAUCUCGAACUGGUUCUCGUCGCUGCGGCGCCCACCAAAGGACAAGAAGGGCCCCUCCCUGGGGAACAGCGGGAGCUUUGGCAGCAAACAGCAGCUGCAGCGGAGCUGCGUCGAUCUCCCCUCGAGUUUCGUAGGAGGAGGCGGCAUACCAGGAUUCAAUGUGGAGGGAGUGGGAUUCAGUGUCGAUCGGAGCAGCAGGAGCAACAGCACCUUCUACAUCAAUCCGCUGAAGGCCUCCAAGGAGGAUCGCCGCCGACUGGUGGAGACUGGCAGCAGCAGUGGCGGCAGCAGCAGUCGGAGCAGCAGCGUCUGUGUGCGAUGCUUCUGCAAUCUGCUGUCGAAGAGCGAAGAGAAGACACCCACCCCUACGCCCACGCCCCUGCCCACUCCCCCGCCCGCUAAGGUGCCGCCCAAACCCCCAGCCAAGCCCCGUUCCCCCUCGCUGGCGCCCUACACGAGUGUGGCGACAUACAACAUCACGACCUUGACGCCCGACAGUCCCCCGCCCGCCAGUCCGACGCCGAGCAGCGUGACCGUCAGCUGCAGCGACACGAGCCGCACGGUGGAGGUGAAGCGCCUGCCCUGCGACGAGCCCCGCACGGAGCUCUACAGCAAGCGAUCGGAGUACACGCACGCGACCACCACGACGAUCACAAGGACUCUGAUAGUCUCGCGGCCCGUGGAGCUGCUCCUCAACGACAAGGGGGAGAUCAUCUCGCGGAGAUCGCCGCGCAAGACGCGCUCCAAUUCGCUAGGAUGCAUGCUGGAUGUGGUGGAUGGCGAUGGCGAUGCCGAUGCCUAUGGCGGCAUGGAUAAUCCCUGCCUGCAGCUCGAUACGGACACGGAUGCUCCGAGCUCGGUUCUGAGCUCCCCGCUGACACCCGAUGCGGGGGACAUGCGCUUCAUCGAUGACAGCUCCCUGUCCCAGAGCGAAUCCGAAAGGAAUUCCAUCAGCAUCAACAACAACAACAACUCCAAGGAGCAGCAGAAUAACAACAACUGCAGUAGCAGCCCCAGGAGCAGCCAGGAGUCGAAUCUCUGCGAGAGUUGUCGCCAUUUGAUUGAGAGAAACCUCAGCAAUGCCGAGAAGCAGAUCAACAGCGAUGUGGUGAUACUGAGGCAACACCCAAAGCAAAUCAAAGAUGAAUUGUGCGAAGUUGUCUCGGAAAUGGAGGUGCUCGAUGUGCCCGAAGACUGCAAGCAUUCCAACAAGGACAAGCAAAUGUCCAUUGGUCGCAAAAAGUUCAAUAUGGAUCCGAAAAAAGGCAUUGAGUAUCUCGUGGAGAACCGACUGCUGCGUCACGAUCCCCAGGAUGUGGCGCAUUUCCUCUACAAGGGCGAGGGCCUCAAUAAAACGGCCAUAGGCGAUUACCUCGGCGAAAAGAACGAUUUCAACGAGGAUGUCCUCAAGGCCUUCGUGGCGCUACACGACUUUACCAAUCUCAUUCUAGUGCAGGCCCUAAGACAAUUUCUCUGGUCGUUUCGACUGCCCGGCGAGGCGCAGAAGAUCGAUCGAAUGAUGGAGUGCUUUGCACAGCGCUACUGCCAGCUAAAUCUGGACAUCUUCACCAACACGGACACAUGCUAUGUGCUCAGCUUUGCCAUUAUAAUGCUCAAUACAUCGCUGCACAAUCCAUCGGUCAAAGACAAACCCACCGUUGAGCAAUUCAUCUCGAUGAAUCGUGGCAUCAACAACGGCGGGGACUUGCCCCGCGGCCUGCUGGAGUCCCUCUACGAGUCCAUACGCACCGAGCCAUUCAAAAUACCCCAAGACGAUGGCAACGAUCUGAUGCACACCUUCUUCAACCCCGACAAGGAGGGCUGGCUGUGGAAGCAGGGCGGCAGAUACAAAUCGUGGAAGAGACGCUGGUUCAUAUUGAACGACAAUUGCCUCUACUACUUUGAAUACACCACCGACAAGGAGCCGCGUGGCAUUAUACCGCUGGAGAAUAUAUCGGUGCGGGAGAUACACGAUCGCAGCAAACCGCAUUGCUUCGAGCUGUUUGCCACUGGCGGUGCCGAUAUAAUCAAGGCCUGCAAGACUGAUUCCGAGGGCAAGGUGGUGGAGGGCAAGCAUACCGUGUACCGCAUGUCCGCCGCUACGGAGGAGGACCAGCAGGAGUGGAUCAAGCGGCUGACGCAGUCGAUCAGCCACAACCCGUUCUACGAUAUCCUAGUACAAAGAAAGAAAAAGGCGCUCAGCAAGAGUUAGUAUUAAGACAGAGCUCGGCCUAAACAUAUUUGUCUUGGAUCUCAGUGAAACCCUGCAGCGCGUGUGUGGCAGUGGCGGCGGCGGCGUCGGCGGCUCUCCCCUUAUAUAUACAUCUACAUAUACUACCUUUUACAAAUAUAUAUACCAUUUAUUGUUCAUUAUUGUAUGUUUGUGUGUGUGUGUGUUCGCAUGCGUGAGAUUUUGCAAUGUUUAGCCAAUACAAGAGAGUAUCUGUAGUUUGUUCACCUUGCGGUUUGCCCCAAUUCGUCCUCUGCCGCCCCGCCCCCGCCCUGCCACACGCCGACGCACUCCGAACCGCAAACUUUGUCUCUAUUGUUGUGAUAUAAUUUAUUUAAGCAUUAAGCAGUACAAUACGGAAGAAACAGAAACCGAAACAGAAACAGAAUACAUGAAAUUGCAUCGUUAAGAAAUACACAUCUGAAAAAUCUUCAAAUUAGUGCAAA